GUUCUUUCUUUUAGUGCAGAAGCUGGUUCAAGAGCUUCCAAGCAUGAAUAGUAAGCACAUCGGAGCCCACCAACCUGUUGCAGAGCCUGGUGCAGUUGUUGUGGCAGCAUUAGACGUCCAGCUCCCAGCCGCACCAAUCGAGGCCCCAGAAGCCGAGCCCCCAGCUGCACCAGAUGCCCAGCCUCCCAUGGAUGAAGUGCCGAACUUCCCACCGACUGCUGAUGGACGCUUGCACCUCUGCAACAACACAUUCAUCGACGCAGAGAACGCGUCAAAAAUAUUUAAAAACAAAAAGGGAACAAUUGUUGUGCGGGAAGCCGCCCAAGCCAUUUGGGGUACAGAAACACCGGCUCAGCGAAGGGUGUGCGGGAGGUUGCUGGCAGGGGAGCUCAACGCUAAGCAGCUCGCACCGGCCAAGGUUCAGGUAGUCUCUGCAUGCCUGGAGCACUGGGGCUACGUAAAAAAAGGACACAACAAUCGCUGCUGCGAACCUGACAAGAGCCCUCAGUGA